UCAGCGGCUGAAACCUGAACAGGUGGCUCCUACAGUAUCUUAGUAGAGCGCAUCAAGGCGCAGAGACCCUCAACAGCUUGUCUCUCUCGCUAAUCUCUUCUCUGACGACAGCGCACUUACCCUGUGCGCGUAAAACCAGGAGCACGACAGGUUUGGAUCGGUGGAUGUGAUCAGUCAUCAGGAUUUUACUCAUCAGUGUUGAUUCAGUGUGCAUCACGAAGUUGGACUUGCGGACAAAGUGUCUUGGUUUUGAGGCUGGACUGACAGAGUUGGAUACAAUGACUCUUUCUUGGAUUUUAUAAUCUCUCCUCAGUGUUUGGAUUGUCAAGCAGCUGUAAAGACCGACAUUGAUAACAAAGCAUGUUGCCAGAAAUAAACAAGACAUCACGACCGGAGCCCUUCCCUCACCCUCAUCGACUCCCAGCAGAGGGAAACCGGCUUGGAACAAACCGACCCUGCUCACAGAAGUUUGGCCCUGGUGUAGGGACUUUGCCUCAGCUUGAGCCACCAGUGGUCCAGGUGGUGGUCAGCAAUGCCAAAAACCAGCACCAGCAGUCGGACAACAUCUUGCCCCAAAUUGCCAACAAAGGGGGCCAAAACAACUUUCAGACACACCCGGAGGAGAGGCCGAAGCCCACCCAGCAGUUCACCAUGCGGUUUGGUGCAGCAAUGGAUAAAGUGUCAGUCUCUCGCAACAGCAAGAUUUUCAGCAACAAGCUGGAGAAAGAGAAGGCAUAUGAGGGACAGAGAUUACCCAUGUCACCCAUAGAGGCACUGAAGAACUUCCAGGAGCGGAUGACGGACUUUGAGCAGGAGGAAAUCAUGGAUUACACGGAGGUCUGGUUCAUGGGGCUGGGCUCUCAGAAGAUCGAGGGUUCCCAAGGAGGACCACAGAACUCUGGAUACGAUGAUGAGCACGGAAGCUACAUCAGGGUGCUGCACGAUCACAUUGCCUACAGGUUUGAAGUGCUUGAAGUGAUUGGGAAAGGCUCCUUUGGGCAGGUCCUAAAAUGUCUGGACCACAAAAACAAUGAACUCGUAGCCAUUAAGAUGAUCCGCAAUAAGAAAAGGUUUCAUCACCAAGCCCUCGUAGAGCUCAAGAUCCUGGAUGUAAUAAAGCGGAAAGACAAAGACAACCUCCACAACGUGAUCCACAUGAAGGAGUACUUUUACUUCCGAAAUCACCUCUGCAUCUCCUUUGAGCUCCUCGGGGUGAACUUGUACGAGCUCAUCAAAAAAAACAACUUCCAGGGCUUCAGUCUCGCUCUCAUCCGUCGGUUUGCCCAUGCACUUCUCAGGUGCCUGCAGAUGCUGCACAGGGAGAAGAUAAUCCACUGCGACCUCAAACCGGAGAACAUCCUUCUGUCUCAGAGAGGGCCAGGGAACAUAAAGGUGGUGGACUUUGGGUCAAGCUGUUAUGAACAACAAAGGGUGUACACCUACAUCCAGAGCCGCUUCUACCGCUCCCCAGAGGUGAUCCUGGGUCACCCCUACAGCAUGGCCAUUGACAUGUGGAGUCUGGGCUGCAUCCUAGCUGAGCUCUACACAGGCUAUCCUCUCUUCCCAGGAGAGAGUGAAGUGGAGCAGAUAGCUUGCAUAAUGGAGGUUCUGGGGAUGCCUCCAAAUGAUUUUGUGCAGUCAGCGUCGAGGAGGAGGUUAUUCUUUGACUCCAAAGGAAACCCAAGGAACAUCACUAACAGCAAGGGAAAGAAGAGGAGACCCAACUCCAAGGAGCUGUCAGCUGCUUUGAAAACUAAUGAUGUCUUGUUCUUAGACUUCAUCAAACACUGCCUCACUUGGGAUCCAACCAAGCGCAUGACUCCUGAUGAGGGGUUACAGCAUGAGUGGAUCCUGGAGGGAAACUUCAACAAAGUCCGGCCAAGAACCAGACCGACAGUGAAGAAAACCUCAGACAGCUCAACUAGCACAGACAGACAAACUAAUGAGAAGGUCAGCUCAGAAAGCAGCACUAACGACAAGCUGAAGAGAGACAGCUCAGAAACAGGAACAAAGAUGGCACCUGCUGAGCGUCUGCGGCCCAUCGGGGCGUCAGCGGAGGAGGAGGUAUGUGAGAGCGAUGGCAAGCUCUCCACAGAUACCAAACAGAAAGGAGGGGGAGAAAGGCCUGUUCACAUCAUAAUCAAGCCUCAAGAAGAAGUAGGCACGGAGAGAAAAGAUCGCCAGGAACCGUCUCAGUGUUUGCCCCCUAUCGUCUAACAGUCCAAGGGAAAUGUGCUGCGUUCAUGACAAGUGGGAACUGGGAAUGUUCACACUCAAUGUCCCAUAUCCCACCUGAGAAUGAGCAUGUUGUUGAAGUGGAAGUAAAUGGACAGAUGAAAUAAAGUUUCAUUUGUCUGGCCGUGUACACACAGAAAAUGAAAAGAUCCUUCAUGCUGUUAUUUGCUGCAAACAUGUUGCUGCCGUGUAUACAUGACGUCACAAAACAAAAUGUUAGAGAAAUCAGAACCAGAGACAAGAGUCAGUUCCUGAGUCUCAGUUGGAAAGCAGCUCAAGCCGAUGUUUUCUACUGACAAGUAGAAAACAAACCAGUUCCCACAUGCCAUGAACAAAAUAUUGAUGUGUGGUUGGGAUACACUCAUCAUCAGCUAAGAGGGAUUUCUUCUAUUUAUUGUUUUAAGUAUGCAGUCAUAGUGUAAAAUUUUUAUUCUGUGAAACUUUGAGUUUGUAUGAUAGUGACGUCAAUCAACCAGUUGUAUGUUUUUUUUGUUUGUUUUUUUAUAAAGGAGUUGAGAUGCAGUUGCAGGCAGGCAGUGUGUUUAAAUGUGUCACACUGGAGACAUCAAGCUGUCUGCCACAUAAGAAUGCACUUGAGUUUAAAUUAAAUGGUUAAAAUCCAAAUUCAAAGUACAGCAAAAAUGUUUUGCUGUCAUUGUUUCCUGUAUUAUUUACUGAACCCAUCUUUGCUGCGCAUUGACAUCUUUGAUACACAGGUUAGACUUUUACUUCUCUGUUUCCAUGUUAAAAAUAAAACAGCUGACUUUAAAAAAAAGCACAUUGGUAGGAAAUCAAUCUAAUCUUUGUUUUUGCUUUUAUUUUCUCGUCUUUUAGACAUUUUAGCCUCAUUUAAGUUUCGUAAUGGUAAAAGAUUUGAAAAAUUGUGUGCAAUAAAGGCUGAGCCAAAAAAUGUCUUUUUUUAAACAUGAUGUUAAAUAAAUAUUUGUCAUGUACUUUUUAAAUGUAGAAUGCAGUUGAUUACUACUGAUUAUUAAUUGUUUUACUUAUUUAUUAUGGAAUAUGUUUGAUCCUAUGUUUCAUAUUUGUUUAAGAAUUUAAUUCAACAAUAAUAAAAUAUGUAUUUGUAAUAGAAUUUAUUGUACAUAUUUCUGCUGUAAUUUCGUAUGUAUGUGUAAUACAGAACAUAUUUUAAGAAAAAUAUUUCAGAUAUUUGUUGAGGGUUUAGACAAGGUUUUACUUGUUGUGUUGUUACUGUAUGGAAACAUUUUGUCUGUGUUAUUCAUAAUAUUUUUUAUAUUAGAAACAAAAAUACAAUCCUAUUAUUGAUAGUUUGUGCCUUGCAGUAUUAGAAAUCUUGCACUUUACUAUUGUGUGUGUACAUCUGGAUUAGAAACCGCUGGAUUCUUGGCUGUCAAACAGACAAGAGUUCAGACUACCUUGCCAGGAUCCCAUUUAUUUCACAAAAUAAUGUUACAGGACAUAAUAAAACAAUUGUUACAUUAUUUACCAUCUUUUUACAAUGAUUUAUGUUGUUAGUCGCCAACAGAGAUCCAACUUAAACUGAAGAUAGACUUGUUCCCUCACUAUCUAUUAGCUAAACCACCAGAGAUCCCGAGAGGAUAGAUUGUAGCUGACGAAAGUCAAUCAAAGUCAUUUUUAUGUCUUUUAUGAUGAAAUAAAAAGUUGUUUCAAAGAACAUGUGUUUUAAUAUUUCACAAUUUUUAUCCUCAUAGUUAUGGUUAUGUGUGAUUCAACCUGAAAUGAAACUGAGGCCUCUUUGGCACAUUGUGAAAAUCUAAA